UGGCGAAAAUAACGAAAGGCAAAGGAAACGAAGAGGGAUGUUGGAAGCGAUAUAUUGCAGACUUUGCACCCGUUAUCGGGAUAAAGGAUUCUGACAACCCACUCGAAGCGCGUUCCGAAGACGCUCGGUUCGUGUAAAGAUAAGAAGAAUCUAUCAGGUGAAACUUGAAGUUCCCAUUGGAAGCUUACGUAGGAAAUGCAUGCAGCUUAGCAGCGAGACAGCAGUGUAGUACACGCUCCUUGGACUGCGUCUGCAACUACAUUUAAACCUGCUUCGUUCAUAAACAAAAAGAGGAGGGUUUUUCUUGCUUCUCCUCCUCGUCUGUUCUUUAUUCAGUCCUAUCAGCCAUUUUUUUUUCUUCACUUAUUGCAGCUCAUAUCAAAUCAGUUCCAGCCCAACUUGGAUUGGCCCACCUUCCUUCACUCUUCCCACGUGGUAAACUCUUCUCUCACGUGCCUCUCCAUCGGGUUCAGCUUCUCUCUCUUUCUGUCCGUAAAACUUGCAGCUUUUUUCUGAUUCUGAAGCUCCUAUCACUUCCCCAUAGGAGUACAAUAACGAAGAAACCUAACCCUUCAUUCAUAUUCUCUUAUUAUCUCUCUCUCUCUUUCUUUAAAGUUUGCUUGUUUAUUUAUUUCUCUAAGUUUCUUCUUUUGUAUAAAGCAAUCAGGGGGGCAUGCUUCAGUCCUCUCUGCGUACGCAAAACCGGCAAAACUAGCAAAAAGGAUAUCCCAAAGCUAUACAUCGACCGUUAUCGCUUAUAGAUAGGUAAACAGAGCAAAGGGCACUACGGACACUGCAAGCAGCAAGUGGAAAGACACAGAUUAUGGAAAAUGGUGGGAGCAUGUUCAUGGGGAACCGGGGGCAAACUGGUAAUAGCAGCAUUAAUCUCGCUUGGGAUAUGCGGGGGCUUAGCCCUACAACUGCUACGGUAUUUGAUUGGGGAGGCAACAAUAAUAAUACUACUAACGGCUUGAACUUGUACGCCACUAGUACUGCUACUACCGCCGCCGCCGCCGCCACCAGGGCGGAGACUACCGCCUCCUCCUGCAACGCGCUCCCUGAAAUAAGUACAGCCCACCCGCUCAUGUUUCUUCCUCACCAUGACAACGCUACUCUUGCCCACCACUUGAACCAGCAGCACGCUCUUUACACCGGAGACGGGUCUCAUAUGCACCCUGACCCUCAUCUCGUUUGUUUGAAGCUUGGCAAGAGGCACUAUUUCGAGGAUUCUACAGCUCUGACCGAGCGGCACGUGGCCGCUGGGUUCUCCAUUGGAAAGAAAGGUAAACCAUACUACAAUAAUAAUAAUCUCGGUGGUGGUGGCGGGGGCGGCGGCGGAAUAGGGCCUUCCUCAUCGACAGCGGUGCUGGGGCCUCCAGCGACGGUGCCAAGGUGUCAAGUUGAAGGAUGCCAUGUUGCGCUGGUCAAUGCUAAAGACUACCACCGGAGGCAUAAAGUUUGUGAGAUGCACUCUAAGGCACCCAAGGUGGUGGUGCUAGGAUUAGAGCAACGUUUCUGUCAACAGUGUAGCAGGUUUCAUGUGGUGUCAGAGUUUGACGACUCGAAGAGGAGUUGCAGGAGGAGAUUGGCAGGGCACAAUGAGCGUAGAAGAAAGAGCUCCCAUCACGAUUCUGCUUCCAGGAACUCUGCUCAAGAUAAUAAAUUGAUGACUGGGAGAUUUCCAUACCUAUCGUCGCCGACAGGACGUGCUCUCUCUCUUCUGUCAUCCAGGGCUGAUUCUUGGAUUUUCUCAUCUGAUCUCUCCUCAAGAUCUAGUGCUGCCUUGCGUGAGCUGAUUGCAGAAAAUCGUGCUGCCAUCCUGGCUCGGCAGCUCAUACUCGAUCGAGACUGGCAUUUGCACCACCAUGCAAUGGAAGACCUAGGAGACGCCCAACCUGGGUCCAGUUCUGUAGCAGUACAGCAGCACCCUUCAUUACCUGAGCCUCACGGUUGGGACAGGUUUCCUGUAACCGGUGCCCAAGUUACAUUAGACCUCAUGCAAGCUUCAAGCUCAGCAUUCGAAAUGUUGUCUGUGAGGGGGAAAACUAAGGAAGAGGAAGAAGAGUGUUCCGAGUUGUGGAAUUCCUUGCAGGGAACACACGUAGUUUAAAAUUCCCAUUAUUUAUUGGCUUGUAACAGUUUAAUUGCUUUGUUUUCUAGGAUGAUUAUUGAUUAUCGGGACUGUAUAAUUCAUUCAUAGUUUGAUCGCCAUUUCUUUGUAA